CCCCACUGAGCCUAUGGGGACACCCCCCAUAAGAGCCUCUGCAUGUCCAAACAGGGCUGUGCUGGUUGGAAGUGUGUCUGUGUGUGCUGGGCUGGGCACAUCCUGACCCCCCAGGCCCUGAGCGGCAUCACCCCAUGGGCCGGCAGCGGCUCCGUGUGCUGAGCGCCCUGCGCCGGUCAGUCCCAUCCAAGGGCAGUGGUGCUUCCCCCCCCCCAACCCCGUCACUGCUCUCGCCCUGUCCUUGUGCUCCCAGCCUGGGCUUUAAGCACCGUUGUGAGUGGGGAGGGUUGGGACCCAGCACCAGACCCCCCCUCCCUGCGGCUCUAAGCCUCUUAGGGGCUUCUGCGGUGUGAAGGGAGGCAGAGGCUGUGUGCGGCCCCCAGCACGUGGGGCUGCAGCCUCCAAGGGCACCAGCGCUCAGGUCACAGCCAAAGGGCUGCUCCUGAUGCCCUUUCCUCCUCCGUUGCCUUUGUUUCCAUGUUAAACCCCAUCAGUUUGGCUCAGCUCAUCCCUGCUCCAUCCUGCCCGUCGGGGCCAUCGGGAUGAGCUUCCCCAAGGAGCCACGAAGCCUUGGAGCUGAGCUAGAGGCAGCCAUUGAGCCCAGGGCCCUGCUCUGUGCCAGAGGAGGAGCUGGUUCUGCUGCCUCCAUAGGAAACACACCCAGAUCCCUGUAAUCCUCUUGGUGGAGUCCAACUAAUUGCAAUUAGCGGCAGGGGCUGAAGUUCAAUUAAAGUGUACUGAGAUCAUUCCUUUUUAUAAUUGCUUUAAGGCUGGGAUUAAGGGAAGCUUUGGAAUGAUACCAUCCCAGGCCAGUGGGGCUGCCCAGCCACUCUGCUGCCAGGCUUUGGCACAACUGCCAGAGCUCUGCAGGGGUGAGCUGGAGGACGGAGGGGUCCCACGGAGCAGCGCUGGCCUCGAGGACCGCAGCGGACGAGUGUGAGGAGCCGUCCAGCGCCAGACCCACAGCGACCCCAGCACAGCCAUGAGCCUGGAGCCCCCCAAGCUGGAGGUCAAGUCCGCGACAAGGGUGACGGGGGGACCUGCCACCCCCCGGAAGGGACCCCCCAAGUUCAAACAGAGGCAGACGAGGCAGUUCAAAAGCAAGCCCCCCAAGAAGGGGGUGCAGGGGUUCGGCGACGACAUCCCAGGCAUGGAGGGACUGGGAACAGAUAUCACUGUCAUCUGUCCCUGGGAAGCCUUCAGCCAUCUGGAGCUGCACGAGCUGGCACAGUAUGGCAUCAUCUAGGCAGGCUGCGGCCAUGCUGCCCUCCCACCCUUUAGUGCUGUCGGUAGAGCCUGCCCUGUCCCUAUGGCGGGGCUCAGCCUGGAGAAAUGCUCAUUAAAACCCUA